AUAGAAGUCCUGGAGAACCCGUGUGUUCUGUGGUAUUUCUCUUCAGUCGAGUAGAACACUGUAACCUUCUGUCCGAGCAGAACCAGAACCACCUUAAAUCAACCAGAACUGGACUUAAAGCACCUGGAUCAAUGAGCAGAACCCGCGCGAGCUUUGUGCACAGCCUCUUCCUUUAGAGACGCCCCCUCUGACUGAACCGACCAAUGAAGACACACCAAGACUCAGACCUCCUGGAAGAUUCCUCUCCUCAGCAGAAUGGGGUCGUCCAGUCAAGCCCCACCCACUACAGCACCAUCGCCGCCUCCCCUUCCUCUCAGGAGGAGCCCAUUUCCACCUACUUUGAGGAGAAAAUCCCCAUUCCAGAUGAUGCCACACAGAUUUUCAGCUUCCGGAAGCUGUGGGCAUUCACUGGGCCGGGCUUUCUCAUGAGCAUCGCUUAUCUGGACCCGGGGAACAUCGAGUCCGAUCUGCAGUCCGGGGCCAAAGCUGGGUUUAAGCUGCUAUGGGUGCUGCUGGCGUCCACCAUUAUUGGGCUGUUGCUGCAGCGGUUGGCAGCUCGGUUAGGGGUGGUCACUGGGAUGCACCUGGCGGAGGUGUGCAACAGACAGUACCCCACUGUGCCACGGAUCAUCCUAUGGCUGAUGGUGGAGUUGGCGAUCAUCGGUUCAGACAUGCAGGAAGUGAUUGGCUGUGCCAUCGCCUUCAAUCUGCUCUCUGUUGGCAGGAUACCGCUGUGGGCUGGAGUGCUAAUCACCAUUAUCGAUACGUUUGUAUUCCUGUUCUUGGAUAAGUACGGUUUGCGGAAACUGGAAGCCUUUUUUGGAAUCCUGAUCACAAUCAUGGCCCUCAGCUUCGGAUAUGAGUACGUGAUGGUGGCCCCGAACCAGGGUGAGGUUCUGAAGGGGAUGUUUGUGCCGUACUGCGAGGGCUGCGGACCCGUGCAGUUGGAGCAGGCAGUCGGGGUGGUUGGUGCUGUCAUCAUGCCUCACAAUAUCUACCUGCACUCAGCCCUCGUUAAGUCUCGGCAGGUGGAUCGAAACAAUAAGAAGGAGGUGAAGGAGGCUAAUAAGUAUUACUUCAUCGAGUCCAGCAUCGCCCUCUUCGUCUCCUUCCUCAUCAACGUCUUCGUGGUGGCGGUGUUCGCCGAGGCCUUCUACGAUAAAACCAAUAUACAAGUGAAUCAGCAGUGUAAUGAGAGUGGGAGUCCACACACUGACCUCUUCCCAACCAAUAAUGAAACCCUGCAGGUCGACAUCUACAAAGGGGGGGUGGUUCUGGGCUGCUUCUUUGGACCUGCUGCUCUGUAUAUCUGGGCUAUUGGGAUUCUGGCUGCUGGACAGAGCUCUACCAUGACCGGCACGUACUCCGGUCAGUUCGUUAUGGAGGGUUUUCUGAAUCUGCGCUGGUCUCGGUUCGCCCGGGUGCUGUUGACUCGUUCUAUUGCUAUCUUCCCCACUCUGCUGGUGGCAAUCUUCCAAGAUGUCCAGCAUCUAACGGGCAUGAACGACUUCCUCAAUGUCCUGCAGAGCAUGCAGCUUCCGUUUGCGCUCAUCCCGAUUCUGACGUUCACCAGCCUCACCUCCAUCAUGAACGACUUCGCUAACGGACUAGUGUGGAAGAUUGGUGGGGGCAUGACCAUCCUGAUGGUCUGUGCCAUUAAUAUGUAUUUUGUGGUGGUGUACGUGACCGCCCUCAACAGUGUCCUGCUUUACGUUCUCGCUGCCCUGCUUUCCAUCGCUUAUCUGUGCUUCGUUGGCUACCUGUCGUGGCAGUGUCUGAUUGCGCUGGGCGUAUCCUGUCUGGACGUUUGUGGCAGGAUUCAGGUGGGGCAGGCUCGCCACAUCGAUAUUUACCUGCUGAGUAACAUGGAUGGUGACGGUCUAGUGGAGAAUUAGCGGAACGUAAGGAACACUCUGUUUUACUGCUGUUUUAUUCUGUACUCGUCCCGUACUCGUCUCGCCAGGGAACUGGAGCGUCGGACAGCUGGACGCUCACCAACCCUCUGUGUCCUCACGCUAAAUAAGUGACCUUACAGGUGAAGCAGCACAGCGUUCCAGCUGUUCUAGCUUUCCUCUCAGGGAACGACACACUAUCUAUAUUGAUAACGAUGAUGAUAAUAAUGAUGUCAUCUGCCUCCUCAAGUGAUGUGUUCAGGAGAGAGAGAGUUCUAGAUAGCAGUAAUGUUCUACACUGCCUGGCCAAAAAAAAAGUCGCCACUAAAAAAAGGUCACACAAUUUAAUUUUAAAUUGGACCAUCUUUAGCUUUGAUUGCGGCACACAUUCGCUGCGGCAUUGUUUUAAAAAGCUUCUGCAAUGUCACAAGAUUAAUUUCAAUCCAGUGUUGCAUUAAUUGUUCACCAAGAUCUUGCAUUUUACGUUAUGAAACUAUUCGUCAAAUACAAAUGGCAAGAAGAGUUGGACCAAGAGCUUUGCAAUAAACUGCGUGAAAUUCAGCCAUCCUUAAAGGUCUCAUUCCGCUAAAAUCCAUUUUUUUCUUGUUCUUUGUGAAAUACUAUAGGUCUCUCUGAGUUGUAUAAGCAUGCUGCAUAUGAAACUGUUUCUCAGCCUCCCUUGUCUGCAGUAGCUAGUAAAAAAAAAAGCUUCAGAAAAACGAGUUGAUCAGAGAGACGUUCGGGUGUCCAGUCAACCAGUGACUUCAGGGCUUGCCCACCUCAGCUCCCCAGAAUACAGCAUUAGAAGCUAUAGCUAAGGUGGAGCUAACAGCUCUGUUUACUCUGGUUACAGAGCUAGUUAGCGUUAGAUAUGUUGUGUAAGUAACUUAAGGUUUACAGUACGGAGGCACGGUUUGACACGGCAGCUUAACUCAACAGAACACCGGUCAAAGCGGGCGCGUUCGUGUCAGAUUUUAUGAUAUAGAGCGGACUCUGGGGCUACCAAGUCUGAGGUAAGAGGUUAGUAGCCAUAAUUUAGCUGAAAAAAACCUUAUUAAUGGCGCGGGGAGGGUCGCGGGGGCAAUUGCACUGCCGCGGGGAGACCGGUCGAGCGUAGGGGGUUAUUCGCGCUGCUGCGGGGAGACCGGCGUCACGACCGAGCGUAGGGAGUUAUUCGCGCUGCCGCUGGGAGACCGGCGUCACGGCCGAGCGUAGGGAGUUAUUCGCGCUGCCGCUGGGAGACCGGCGUCGCGGACGCGGGGGUUAUUCGCGCUGCCGCGGGGGUUAUUCGCGCUGCCGAGGGAAGACUGGCGUCUGACGCUAAGCGAAGUUUAAUGGUUAACAAGGGUUAACUUUAAGGGUUAACAAAAAACGGCUCACAUGGCAUUCGUGCAUACUAGACACCACAACGAGACAUUUUAAAAUGAAUGAAAAAACGAUGGAAUGAGACCUUUAAGACGGACAAUUUACACCACAACUCAAGAUCAAAUCUGCAUAGGUCACUCAAAUCUAACACAAAAAAAUACGAAAUACCAUCUUGUCAACCAUGCAACAUCUGCUAACAAUGAAACACAUUCUCACCGAUUGUCCAGCCUAUAACCGUAUAAGGCAAUCUACUACAAAGAAGAUAACAUAUAUAGCAAGAUAUAUUUCCCUUAUCGUGCUACAACCUUUGAACAACCAAGUGUAUGCCACAAAUAGGCAAAUAUGUGCUGAAGUGGCAAUAAAACCCCAACAACCAACCAACCACCAAGAUCUUGCAUUGAUGUUGGUAGAGUCUGACCGCUGCACAAAGUCUUCUCCAGCACAUCCCAAAGAUUCUCAAUGAGGUUAAGGUCUGGACUCUGUGGUGAACUCUCUCAAUCCAUGUGUGAAAAUGAUGAUCUCAUGCUCCCUGAAUCACUCUUUCUCAAUUCCAGCCCCAUGAAUCCUGACAUUGUCAUCUUGGAAUAUGGCCGUGCCAUCGGGGAAGAAAAAAAUCUAUUGAUGGAAUAACAUGGACUAUAUUUAAUAUACUCACUUAGUCAGC